CAGGUCCCCGACACCAACUACAUCUUCAUGGGUGACUUUGUAGAUAGAGGUUAUUACAGCCUUGAGACUUUCACUUACCUGCUCGCACUGAAAGCUAAGUGGCCUGAUCGUAUCACGCUGUUACGCGGCAAUCACGAGAGCAGGCAGAUAACACAGGUGUAUGGAUUUUAUGAUGAGUGCCAAACCAAAUAUGGAAACGCUAACGCUUGGAGAUACUGCACCAAAGUCUUCGACAUGCUGACAAUAGCAGCUUUAAUAGACGAGCAGAUUCUCUGUGUGCACGGUGGCCUCUCUCCAGACAUCAAGACACUCGAUCAAAUUCGAACCAUUGAACGUAAUCAAGAAAUUCCUCACAAAGGCGCCUUCUGUGACCUCGUCUGGUCCGACCCGGAAGAUGUGGACACGUGGGCCAUCAGCCCGCGAGGGGCCGGGUGGCUCUUCGGCGCGAAGGUGACGAAUGAGUUUGUUCACAUCAACAACUUAAAACUCAUCUGCAGAGCACACCAGCUCGUUCACGAAGGCUAUAAAUUCAUGUUUGAUGAGAAAUUGGUAACAGUAUGGUCUGCUCCAAAUUACUGCUACCGCUGUGGAAAUAUUGCAUCAAUCAUGGUCUUUAAAGAUGUAAAUACAAGAGAACCAAAGUUAUUCCGCGCCGUUCCAGACUCAGAACGUGUAAUUCCUCCUAGAACAACCACGCCCUACUUCCUCUGAGCCCCUUCCCCGCCUGCUCUCUCCCCCUCCCAGUGUACUGUCCCUCGACAACAUACUUUUUAUUGAGCACUUUGCUGCUGAAAUGCUGCCUCUUGCCUUUUUUAUUU